AUGUCAGUGAUGGAAAAACAUGAGAAUGUUUCCUGGAUCCACCAGCAGGAACUGGAAGAUCCACUCAAGAAAUACCUAAACAGCACUGAGGACUACCUCACCUUCCUCUGCGGGCCUCCACGCAGUCACCUCUCCCUCCCGGUGACUAUGGUGUAUGCGCUUAUUUUUGUGGUGGGGGUCGUUGGCAAUCUCCUGGUGUGCCUGGUGAUUCUUCGGCACCAGACUAUGAAGACGCCCACCAACUACUACCUCUUCAGCUUGGCUGUCUCUGAUCUCCUGGUCCUGCUCCUUGGGAUGCCCUUGGAAGUCUAUGAGAUGUGGCGCAACUACCCCUUCCUCUUUGGGUCGGUGGGCUGCUACUUCAAGACCGCCCUCUUUGAGACGGUGUGCUUUGCCUCCAUCCUCAGCGUCACCACGGUCAGCGUGGAGCGCUACGUGGCCAUCGUGCACCCGUUCCGAGCCAAGCUGGAGAGCACCCGGCGGCGGGCCCUCAAGAUCAUUGGCAUCCUUUGGGGCUUGUCUUUUCUCUUCUCUCUGCCCAACACCAGCAUCCACGGCAUCAAGCUCCACUACUUCCCCAAUGGGUCCUUGGUCCCGGGCUCCGCCACUUGUACCGUCAUCAAGCCCAUGUGGAUCUACAAUUUCAUCAUCCAGAUUACCUCCUUCCUCUUCUACAUCCUCCCCAUGACUGUCAUCAGUAUCCUCUACUACCUCAUGGGGCUCAGACUAAGGAAAGAACAACACCUUGAGGCAGAUGAAGUGACUGCAAAUGUUCAAAGACCUUCCAGAAAAUCAGUUACCAAAAUGCUGUUUGUCUUGGUCUUAGUGUUUGCGAUCUGUUGGAUCCCAUUCCAUGUUGACCGACUCUUCUUCAGCUUUGUGGAGGAGUGGACUGAAUCCCUGGCUGCUGUGUUCAAUCUCAUCCACGUGGUAUCAGGUGUCUUCUUCUACCUGAGCUCAGCUGUCAACCCCAUUAUCUAUAACGUGCUCUCUCACCGCUUCCGAGCAGCAUUCCGGAACGUGAUCUCUCCUUCCUGCAAACAGUGGCACUCCCAGCAUCACCCACAGGGGCCACCUGCCCAGCGGAAUGUCUUCCUGACAGAAUGUCACCUCGUGGAACUGACUGAAGAUGCAGGUCCCCAGUUCCCCUGCCAGUCAUCCCUCUGCAGCUACCACCUCCCCGCAGCCCUCUGUACUGGACAGGCACCAUGA